UUGUGGGGAAAAUGCUCAUAGUCACAUUAUAUGUGUUUGUACUUUUUAUUAUUACUGAUAAGCUUGUACUUUUGUAUGGAUAAGUUGAUUUUUUAAUUUAAGAAUUGUGGGUGAUAUAAUAUAAAGCAAAGAAAUUGUAUCUGGGACUUUAUAUUCAUUAUAGUUCCUUUUAAAUUAUAGUUAUUAACCAAAUCAAUAUUUGCCAGCACUAGUCUACAGUGUCGCAAACCCGAAUCACUCGCACGAGUCACAGUCAUUCUGCAUCAAGUUUCAACACCAAAUUCAGAAAUUGUUCUAAAUGUGUUGAUAAUAUGUUUUCCUGAAUUGCGAGUAGCAGUUUUGAUUAUUUUGGUAUCCAAGUAUGGCUAAAUACCAAAAACGAGGGUCAAAUUCUAUGAGCUCAAAGGUGUCUCAAACUUCAGACUUCAAAAGUUUAGCUGGUAAAAGAAGUAAAGUAUGGUCUCCUGACAAUGGAACAGUUGUUUCCAAAAAAAUUAAGAAAGAAAAACAGAAGGAAGAUGAUUAUGAAAAAAUGAGACAGAAAAAUAUUGCCGAAAAAAUGGCCUUAUUACAGUCACUGGAUAUCUUGAAGGCAAAGCAGGAGUUAGCAGAAGUUUCUGGCAGAAAAAAACAAACUAAAUCGUCUAAAGGACUCAAAUUGACAGCAGUGAAAGAACCCGUUCCUUUACGACCUCGAAGUCUGCGUCUUCAGAAGCGAGAUCCAGAAGGAUUAAUCAUUUCUGAACCUUCAGUUCCACGAUUUGUGGAUUCUAUUGUACAAAAUGUCCAAAAAUCUCAUGAAACAUUAGAUUUCAAAGAUGUUUGCAAAAACAGUGAUGAAAAUGGGCUUGAAGAAUUCAUGUUUGAUAUGAAGAAUAUUUCAAAAGAAAAGGCCGUAAACUUUUCCAACAGAAGUCUGAAAAAAUAUGUAAAGAAGUUUAGCAAGAUGAAGAUAAAUUCAGAUCAAGUAGCAAAAGUAACUCCUGACAGAAUAUUUUCUGUUGCCAUACAUCCUACAACAACAAAAACCCUUGUAAUUGCAGGUAGUAAGUGGGGUCACAUUGGCUUCUGGGAUUUGAAAUCUCAAACAGGGAAUGAUGGAGUAUUUUUGUUUGAGCCUCAUUGCCGUCCUGUAAACUGUAUAAAAGUUAGUGGAGAUAAUCAUGAAAAACUUUAUUCAAGCAGCUAUGAUGGAACAAUUAGGUGUGGAGAUUUAGUGAAGUGUGUAUUUGAUGAGGUUUAUUACACACCAGAGAAAAAAGAUGAUGCAUGCUUUUAUUUUGAUUUUUUGUCACCUCAAGUUUUAAUUAUAACACAAGGUGAAGGAAGGCUCAGUAUUGUUGAUACUCGAACAGGAAAGAAAGAGCCAGACAGGUUGUUCCAGCUAUGUUAUCGGAGAAUGAAAACUGUCAGUGUUCACCCAUUAAAAAGGGACUAUUUUGUUACAGCCUGCAGUGAUGGUAAAGCUUCUUUGUGGGACCUAAAGAAUAUGCAGAGGAAACCACAAUCUGUUGCAGAUUUACCCCAUGAAAAGUCUGUGAGUUCAGCAUUUUUUUCUCCGGUGACAGGAAAUUACAUUCUUACAACUUCUUUUGAUAACAAAUUGAGGGUGUUUGAUUCUACUGAGCUGAAUGAAGACAUCAAAGUGAAAAAGACAUAUAGACACAACAACCAGACAGGCCGUUGGUUGACACCAUUUCAAGCCAUUUGGUUACCUAACAAUGAAGAAGGAUUUGUUGUUGGUUCUAUGAAACAUCCUCGCCAGAUUGAAGUGUUUGAUGUGAAUGGUGACUGUGCAUACACUUUUAUGGGAGAAAGUCUUGGGUCUGUUUGUUCCAUCAAUGCCUUUCACCCUACAGAACUUGUCUUAGCUGGAGGCAAUUCAAGUGGCAGAGUUCAUGUAUUUAUGUGAUACUGAAAUGGUUUGAGAUAUACUUGAAUAAACAAAUUUAUAAUGGG